AUGGCGGACCAGCUGCUGCCUGCCUACUUCAUGCUGCUGGGCUCCGUCUCCUCCUACUCCCAGGCCAACAAGCCCCAGGGACUCCGAGCCCCGGUCCAGUUCAUCACCCACCUGAGCUUUUUGGAAGAGCGGGGCACUGGGGACAUCGCCCUGCUGCAGCUGGCCUUACUUGUCACUUUCAGCGACCUCAUUCUUCCAGUCUGCCUUUCCAAACCCAGAGACCCUCUGGAUCACCACACCUGGUACUGGGCCACCAGCUGGGGGAAUAUCAGAACAGGUCUAGACUUGGGACAUCUAUACCACAAGUACACCAGCAUCCCCAGCCAGGAGCCCAACAUCCUUCAGGACCAGAAGGACAUCUGUGGGGGGGCGCCCCAGCCCAGCACCGGAGCAGGCGGAAGAAGAGGGGGCGCUAAGCGGCGAGAGAAGAGGCCAUGGACGCGCGGGUCGGGGCGCUGCUGCUGGCGCAGCUGUUGGUGCAGAUCGAAGUCGGGAGGCAGGCGUUGCAGGAUGAGGAACUGCUGCUUCCAGGUUUCCAGAACUCGUCGUUGCUCACAUGUAACUGAUGGGCCCCUGAGGGAGGGGCGGGCACCUGCGGCCCACGUGGGGCGGGUCCCCAGCGUCCCUGUCUUCCUCUGCUGCGCGACCCCAGGACACGCGGUUCCCCAGGGAGUCCCUUCCCUUCGCGCACCCCGGUGGCUGAGGGUGGGCGAGGUGGACCCGCCUUCUGCAGCUCAGCCCCGUGUCCGUCUGUCCAUCCCAGGGCCUUGCGGCCAACGGAGCAUCCCGACACGCAUAGUGGGUGGAAAGGACACGGAGCUGGGGCGCUGGCCGUGGCAGGCCAGCCUGCGCCUCUGGGGCAGCCACCACUGCGGAGGGAGCCUGCUCAACCGCCGCUGGGUGCUCUCGGCCGCGCACUGCUUCGAAAAGAACAAUGAUCCCUACGAAUGGACAGCCCAGUUUGGUGAGCUAUCCGCCAUGCCAUCCAUUUGGAACCUACAGGCCUAUUACAACCGUUACCAGGUGGAGCAGAUUUUUUUGAGCCACGGAUACAUGGGGGGUUCCUCGUCUGACAUUGCCCUGUUGAAGCUGUCCACCUCUGUCAACUACAAUAAGUACAUCCAGCCCAUCUGUGUCCUGGCCAACAACUACGAGUUCGAGAACCGGACUGACUGCUGGGUGACCGGCUGGGGGGACAUCAAAGAAGAUCAAGGACUGCCAUCUCCUUACAUCCUCCAGGAAGUGGAGGUCGGCAUCAUAAACACCACCAUGUGUAACCACCUGUUCUCCCUGCCCUCUUUCCGCCAUGACAUCUGGGGAGACAUGGUUUGUGCUGGCGAUCCUCAAGGCGACAAGGAUGCUUGCUUUGGUGACUCAGGCGGACCCUUGGCCUGCGAAAAGAAAGGGGUGUGGUAUCAGAUUGGAAUCGUGAGCUGGGGAGUGGGCUGCGGUAGGCCGAACCGGCCCGGCGUCUACACCAACGUUAGCUCGCACUACGAAUGGAUCCGAAUGGUUAUGGUCAAAAACAGCAUUCACAGGCCAGACCUCAGCCCGCCGCUGCUGCUCCUCCCUCUGCUCUGGGCUCCCCCAUUCCUUCUGCUGGCCUGA